UAUAUAUAUAAUUAAUAAUUAUAUUAUUGUUGCAGUUCAAAAGUCAUUUUCGCGUUGCAAGACCAACAGCUUAUAAAAUAAUUGAAAUUUAUGAACAUUCCAAAUUCUAUCCAUUUGAUCGGAGUAACGGAGGUAGUGAACCUACUACCGCAGAAUUGGAUAUUUUAUCUUUUUUGUGGUUUGCUGGGAAUAAAGUCUGCCUUAGAGAUGUGUCGCAAAGAUUUGGAGUAUGUCAUGCAACAACUUUCAGGCAGAAUAACCGAGUGCUUAAUUUUUUAAUUGACAUGGCUCCAAAGAUCAUAAAAUUUGGAGACAACGAAGUUUCUGCAAACGAGUUCUUACAAAUUGCUGGUAUUCCUAAUGUAAUUGGCUGCAUAGAUGGCACGUCGAUUAAAGUACGAACACCAGCGCAUAAAAUUAAAUCUACCUACGUAAAUAGGCAUGAUAUUCCUGCAAUCACAUUACAGGGUAUAUGUGAUGUUCGAAAAAGAUUUAUCGAUGUCUUCACUGGGAUUCCAGCAAAGAUCCACGAUGCACGAGUUCUAAAGUUAUCGGAUAUCAAUGAUGAUUUACGACGAAUCUGUGAUCGAAAAUUUCAUAUAUUGGGAGAUGCAGCAUACCCCAUACGAGAAUGGUUACUGAUUCCCUAUAGGGAUUAUGGAAAUCUGUCCGAUAAGCAGCGACAGUUUAAUAAACAAUUUUGUGCAACACGAGUAUUAAUCGAAAAUGCAUUUGGACUCUUGAAAAAUCGUUUUCGACAACUUACUGAAUUAGAUCUUCAUAGCGUUGAUAAAAUAUCUAAAUUCAUAAUUUCUUGUUGCGUCUUGCAUAACUUUUGCAUUGACAACAACGAUUUUUUUAUUUUUAAUGAUGGUAUCGAGUUAGACAAUCAAGAACCUAAUUAUGAAGAUAGAGGGGAACAAGAAACUCUACUCCGGAGAUUAGGAGAAAUUAAAAGAGAUCAUUUAUUAAAUGUACUUUUUCCAUGAGAUAAAGCAUGAUACGACAAUAAUUAAAUUAUAUAUUGCACAUGUAUUUGUUGUUUGUACGUAAAUCAUAAUAAUAAACAUUUUUGUUUGUAAA